UAGAAGAAGUCAGUUUGACAGUAGAGUAUGUGUAUGAAUGAUUUUUGGUAAAAUGGUGGAUAUUUAGGACGAAUGGCAUGACUGGACCUCUGACUAAAGUGUCAGGCUCAGAUACUUUGUUCUCAAGAAUCUUUGACAGCAGCCAUGGCUUCCCUUGGACAGAUCAUCUUCUACACCAUGAUUAUCCUUAUCGUCAUAUUUGCAGCCUUCAUCAUCCUCAUCUUGGCCUUGGCCUUCUCAGGAGCUGGCAGCAGGGUACAGAGCACCAACACAUCGCCCAUUGGCAACCUCAGUGAUGAUGUGCUACUCAGUUGCUAUCUUAACAAAAAUAAUCACCAAGCAGUCAAUGACAUUUCAGUCACCUGGAAGAAGGCAAACCUGGCAGGACUUGUUUACAAGUAUCAGAAUGGAGCUCCGGAUCUUACAGACCAGAAUUCACAGUUUAAAGGGAGAACUCUGCCCUUCCUUGAUAAGUUAAUGACAGGGAAUGCAUCUCUGCUGCUGAAGGGUGUGCGAAAUAGUGACAGGGGGGAGUAUACCUGCAGCAUCAGCUACUCUGAGGGAACUGGAGAGGUCAACAUUUACCUUCGAACAGCAGCCUUUUCAGCACCCACAUUUACACUCCUCCAAGGCAUCCUGGCCACUCACGCGAGCUGGUGGUUCCCUAAACCAAACGUGACAUGGUCGGACUAUGAUGGGAAAGUCCUGCUGGGAAAUAAUAUCUUAACAGAAAGCUCCACAGGAAUAUUCAGUGUAGUCAGCACGUUGCAACCAGUCAACAACAGUGGCACCUACACCUGUAGCAUUGAAAAUAACCUGUUGAUCUCCAUUUCUCAGGCAACUAUAACAGGCUCUAAUGUUUCAUGGAGCACAUACUUCACCUACAGCACUGCAUCAUCCCUGCUGGCCUCAACUUACCUGAUUACUACGACCAGUAUUGCCCUCUGCAUCUAUUAUCUGAUCUAAUUAUUAUCUAUUAUCUGAUCUCCAUCUAGUUGUGACUCUGCAUGUGUGUGCAUGUGAUGUAUUCAGUGCAAUUUUUUUUUCUGAAUUUGAGAAAGUAAUGAGUAUUAAUUUCUGAACUUGACAUUAUAUGGCUAAGUUAUUACAGUGUGUUGUUGCCGUGAAACAGUAUUCCACUGGUGUAGUGCAUUUUCUCAGUCAGGUUUUACAUUUUCUUUUUACUUUGUCAGAUGCAUGUGUCAUGUUAGGCCCCCUUCUCUUAGUAAACAUUUCUAAAUUCCACAUUUCCACUGUGGAGGUUUGUCUGACUGAUAUUUCGCUCUGUGCUCCAAUAAACAGUUGAGCAAGACUCGGCCAGUUAAAAGUUGAGAACCUGUCAACAUUCCAGCUAGCUAAGUAGCCCAGGGGUCUUGAGUGG